CUCUGCUGGCAACCAACAACAACAACACAUUUGCUACUCUAUUUUCUUAGUCGUGCGUAGGCGAAUUUCUUAAAAUUCUCAUUGAAGACGAAGCAAAAUUUAUGUAAAACUCCAACACUGCAAUUUUAUUCACUUUGUUUGAGGCAAUAGCAAACAGAGUAGCUGCAACAUAGGCGUAUUUAGACACUAACAACCACACAAUAUGGGAAACACCGACUCGAAGCUAAACUUUCGCAAAGCAAUUGUUCAGCUGACGCAGAAGAAUCAAAAGAUUGACAACAACGAUGACCAGUUCUGGGAUCAAUUCUGGCAGGCGCAUCAAACAACUCUGGAGGAUGUCUUUGCACUGGUGACAGCAAGUGAAAUACGUCAAAUUAGAAACGAUAAUCCUGCGAAUUUGGCUACACUCUGCUACAAGGCUGUAGAAAAGUUGGCACAGGCUGUCGACAGCAGCUGUCGCACUCAGGCGGAGCAGCAAUGUGUGCUAAACUGCGUAAGGUUGCUCAUACGGAUAUUGCCUUACAUCUUCGAAGAUGAUAAGUGGCGUGAUUUCUUUUGGAGCAAUCUGCCCGCUCAAGAGCAGGCGAAUCAUGGUCAAACUGUGCCCCUGGCUCAAUCCCUUAUCAAUGCCAUAUGUGAUUUAUUAUUCUGUCCAGAUUUCACUGUGACGGCAACGAGGCGCGCAGGCCCAGAGAAGGCCGAGGAGUUGGCCAAUAUUGACAGCUGCGAAUACAUCUGGGAAGCGGGUGUAGGAUUUGCUCAAUCUCCGCCACGCAAUGCGCACAUGGAACGCAGGCGGACGGAGCUAUUAAAGUUGCUGCUCACCUGUUUCUCGGAGCCCAUGUAUCGCACACCUCAGCAAUCAGAGGAGCCCAACAAGUGGAUUGCCUACUUCACCUCCGCAGACAACAGACAUGCGUUGCCUCUGUUCACCUCUUUCUUAAACACUGUUUGCUCCUAUGAUCCGGUUGGCUUUGGUGUACCCUACAAUCAUUUGAUAUUCGCGGACACGACCGAGCCGUUGGUAGAGGCCUGUUUGCAACUGCUUAUAGUUACGCUCGAUCAUGACAUGGUCGUGCAGCACCAACAGUUGCAACAACAACAACAGCAGCAACAUCAACUGGCUCAUGCUGGAGGCGUGCUGGUCACGCCCUACGACGAGGGCGGCUGUGGCGAUAAUCUGUUCAUCAAUUAUUUAUCACGCGUACAUCGUGAUGAGGAUUUCCAUUUUGUGCUGCGUGGCAUAACGCGGCUACUGAACAAUCCGCUCGUCCAAAACUAUUUACCAAAUUCAACGAAACGCCUGCAUUGUCACCAGGAGCUGCUUAUUCUCUUCUGGAAGAUCUGUGACUAUAACAAAAAGUUCUUGUACUUUGUGCUAAAGAGCUCGGAUGUUCUCGAUAUACUCAUACCAAUACUAUAUCAUUUGAAUUAUUCGCGUGCGGAUCAGUCGCGCGUUGGUCUCAUGCACAUUGGCGUCUUCAUACUGCUGCUGCUAUCGGGUGAGCGUAAUUUUGGCGUGCGCUUGAACAAGGCCUACUCGGCCACGGUGCCUAUGGACAUACCGGUCUUCACUGGCACCCAUGCUGAUCUGCUUAUCACAGUGUUUCACAAGAUUAUAGCCACAGGACAUCAGCGUUUGCAGCCACUGUUUGAUUGCUUGUUGACAAUAUUGGUGAACGUUUCGCCAUAUCUAAAAACGCUGUCGAUGGUGGCCAGCGUAAAGCUGUUGCAUUUGCUGGAAGCUUUUAGUACGCCUUGGUUUCUGCUCUCGGCGCCAAGCAAUCACCACUUGGUCUUCUUUUUGCUGGAGAUCUUCAACAACAUUAUACAGUACCAAUUUGAUGGAAAUUCGAAUCUAGUUUAUACGAUCAUACGCAAACGCCAUGUCUUUCAUGCCAUGGCCAAUUUGCCGACAGAUAUGGCGGGCAUAGCCAAGUGUCUGAGCGGGCGAAAAGCGGGUGGCAAAUUUAAUUUGCCACGCGUGCCACAGAGGAAGCCGGCCACAACUACGACUAGCCAGGAACUGCCAUCGGCGCAGGCACCGGAUGACGAUUAUAUUGACGAGGAGGAUGAAGAGGAGGACGACGAUGUUGAAGAUGUUGUAGUGAACAAGAAGACUGCUGCUGCAGCUGCAGCUGCGGCUGCUGCUGCUUCUGGUACUGCCGAAGAGGAUCUCGAAUCGGAAACGGAAUCGCAUGAGCGUUCACAGCUGGGCGAUACACAGCUGGACACCGCAGCACCGGUAGCGCAGCCUGCCGAGCCGGGCACACUGAAAACAUCGCUGCUGGACACUCCAAACAUUGGUCAAAUGACAGAACGCGAGCAUCCACAUCCCAAUGAUAAAGCUAACGAUCUGUCGCCCGCGAAAUCCACGCCUACGCUGGAUCAAACGCGUCUAUCGGUUGCACAUCGAGCCAGCAUACGCAUGGUGCCGGGUGACAACGAUCGCUGGACGCCCACACCAGAAUGGAUUGUCUCUUGGCGCUCGAAGUUGCCGUUGCAAACGAUAAUGCGUCUGCUGCAGGUGCUCGUGCCGCAGGUGGAAAAGAUUUGCAUUGACAAGGGUCUCACUGACGAAUCGGAAAUACUGAAGUUCUUGCAGCAUGGCACAUUGGUGGGUCUACUUCCUGUGCCGCAUCCCAUUUUAAUACGCAAAUAUCAAGCGAACUCUGGAACUACGGCCUGGUUUCGUACCUACAUAUGGGGCGUUAUCUAUUUGCGAAAUGUAGAGCCGGCUAUUUGGUAUGAUACGGAGGUCAAGCUCUUUGAAAUACAGCGCGUCUAAAGUUCUUAAUGUAAUAGUAAGUGGAACAACCAACAUCAACAAUGAAAAAA